AUGGCUGAAGCAAAAAAAAGAGGUGCAAGGGUUUCCAAAACCCAAAAACAAAUUCUGGUGGAAUUUAUGUACGAGAAUAAGGCAUUUGCUCGAGGGCAAUUCAAUGACAUUAAUUGCCGGCAAAAUAUCAACAGUACCUGGGAGUCCCUAUGUAACAGGUUAAAUUCACAAGGUGCAAUUGUGAAGACCGUCGACCAGUGGAAGAAGUGUUGGACUGACAUCAAGUCUGGCGUUAAGAAACAGGCCAGUGCUUAUAAAUCGUUCCUGAAUCAAACAGGUGGUGGUAGCAUCACCGAUGGACCUCGCCAGCUGAAUGAUUUUGAGGAGAAAGUGCUCUCUAUCAUCACUAAUGAUGCUGUCGAUGGUGAUGCCUCCACCCCUGAACUUGGACGGUUGGAAGUUUUGAAUGAAAAUAACGAAGCGGUUUCCGUUCCUUUGGAUGGCGACGUGGACGAAUCCGAACCAAGAACAAAGAAGAAAAAAACUACCCAAAACACUUACGAAAGUGCACUCCAACAAGCAGGCACAAUGCACAAAGAGUUGGUGGAAAAACUCGACAAAAUCGUUGCCCAAAAUAAAGAAAUCCUCAGGAUUCUACAAAAUUUUAAUGAAUAA